AUGGAGGAGUCUGGCCGCAUUCACGUCACUCUGACCGCUGGAGAGUACGAGCUCUUCAAGGAGGCAAAAAGAUUGGCAGCCUCUGUGAGACAGGCAACUAUCUCACGACCGCGACAAGCCCCUACUGAAGCUUCCAAGGAGCCCCUCCCUGUUUCAGAUCGGGGUUCCAAAAGAAAGCAGCCUGAGGUAUUUCCUCAACAUCCUUAUCGUGAGCCUGGUAUAGGAUAUUAUCAGCCAGAGCUCCAAGCACAAAGCCUUAAGAAGGAGCAGCCUCAAGCAUCUAUGGCUGAGAGUUCACAACCGCAGGAUUCGAAGAAGGGAAAGGCCCUUGUCAUACCUGAGUUCACUCGAGACUCCAAGCGGGCUACCGAGAUGGGAUUGCCUCCGCCCGAGCUAGCUCCUCAGUUGAUCAAGAUGAUGGAAGAACAAAGGGUCUCCGGACAGGCCGGACCAUCUCGUCCUGACCUCGCGGGACCUAGCACUCAUCAGCCUAGCUGGGGAAAAGAGCCAGAAGGAUCACGAGAGGUCGAGAACAGAGGCAAUGCAGCUGUCAGAGAAAUCGUCAUGAUCUCUGGAGGGCCGGCUGACGGAGAUUCAGGGAGGGCACGUAAGUCUCAUGUUCAGCACUUGGAGGUUCAUGUCGUCAGGUGCAGUAAGGAGCAAGCUGCUAGCCCUGUUAUUAGCUUUAGGCCAACAGACCUGGAGGGCCUGAAGUUGCCUCAUGACGAUGCGCUCAUCAUCAAAGCCGUCAUUGCCAAUAGCCGAUUGGUUCGGGUUUUUGUUGACACUGGGAGCUCGGUCAACAUUCUAUUCAGGACUGCAUUUGAAGAGAUGCAGAUUGAUGCUGCUGAACUUCAGCCAGUAGCUACAUCUUUAUAUGGAUUCACAGGCAAUGAAGUGAAGCCUAUGCGUCAGAUUAAGCUGGCUAUAUCCUUGGGCACCAAGCCACUGGUGCGCACAAGGAAGAGCGCGUUUAUAGUAGUGGACUCCCCUUCUUCUUACAACGUUAUCUUAGGGAGGCCCGCUUUGUAUGAAUUUAGGGCUGCUGUCUCGACCUUUCACCAAAAAAUCAAGUUUCCUAUGGGUGAGCAGGUCGGGGUAGUUAAAGGAGAACAGAAGGUUUCUCGGCGGUGCUAUAUUGACAUAGUCCGAGUUGAAGCUCGGAAAAAUCAAAGGAUGCAGGAUGGAGGAGUUCAUGUCGUUCAAGAGGAGUCUCUUUCUAUAGCUGAAGAGCCCAUCCCUUGGGAAGAAGUAUAA